AUGGCUGCUGGGCAAAACUGGGCAGAAGUGCCUAGUGUAUUAAUCGUUGAAAUUCUUUCAUAUCUUUCAUUGAAAGAUCGAAUAAAAGCUUCUUCGGUGUGUAAGAGAUGGAGAUCGUGUCUGUUUCACCCAUCAUUGUGGAAACGCAUUGUUUUUAAACUUGACAGCUGCGAUCGAGAAGGGGCCAAGUUCCUAGCGGGAAAAUGUGGACGUUUUAUUUCGCAUGCUGUUGUCAAAUUCAACUCUCACAAUAUAUCUGAAGUGAGAGAAUGUGGAAGGUUGCUAGAGAUUUUCUCAAAGAACAAGAAUCUACAGUAUUUUUCGCUCCAGCCACUGAGCUGCCAUCUUGAAUGUUCGGAGGCAGACUCGGUACAUGUAACUGACAAAUAUCUCGAUCUGAUUGAGGCGUUGAUCAAACAGAGUCGACAACUGCGUCACUUCUCCCUGGGCUGUGUGGAGGACCUCCUGGUGCACAGCGGCACCCUGAUCGAGGCUCUGCAGCGGCACCACUCGUCAUGCCUGCGCUCGCUGCACCUGGCGAGCGUCAAGGAGAACUCGGAGAGCUAUGGCAUCGUGGAUCUCUCCCCGGCGAUGUUCCGCUCGUUCACGGCGCUGCAGCACCUCAGCCUGGACUACGACCACCUGUCUAACGAGCUGUUUGACAGCCUCGCCCACCCGGCCAGCCCGGGGCUCGUCACGCUCACUGUCCACGUGCAUGGCGUCGACCACGACCAUGGCAGCGGCGGUGUCAGCAACGAUGCAUGGCGGCGAAUUGCGAGUCACAGCAAUGACACGCUGCGUGUCACGCUGAACCUGGUCCAUUCCUAUGACGGCGUUUCUGCCCUGCUCGACAUCCUGCGGCCCAGCAUGCCGCUGGCACACUUCCGGCAGUUCUUCUGCGCGCAGGUGAGCCUGGCGGCCGUGACCUUCCUGUGGUCACACCACUGUGACACGCUGCGCACGGUCCACAUCGUCGAUGGGCUGGUGGACAGUGCACCAGGCGUCUACUCCGAGCUGAGUCAGGAUCCCGACCCUUUCGUCAUGAUGGCCUGGCGCUGUCCCAAACUGGAGCAUCUCACCGUUAUUGGCUACGAAGUUGCUGAAGAAAAUAUUGUCGCCAUAGCGCGUCUCCGUGGUGAUACGCUGAAGACACUGGACAUUCCGCGGUGUUGUAUCUCCACGGUGGAGGAGAAAGCUGACAGUGCAUGGGUCUCGCUAGGCGUUGUCAGUGACGACUUUCACACCAUGGUAUCGCAAAGUUUGAAAAGAGAAUGGCGUACACUGGAAGAUUACGAAUUGCCGCGAGCCGUGUUUGACGACCAGGCCGAUGCAGAGGAGACGUACAUGGCGACACUUCUUGCUGACCAAGUGUGUGCUUGCUGACCUCAUGACCACAGUCAGGAAAUUGAAAUACAAGCAGCUUUAAGCUCUGAAAAUAAUAAUGCAACACAUUAGCAGAUUUUAGUUUUUUUAAUGUUAUGAAAGCAUACGUGAAAAUCAGUUAUUUGUACAACUAACUAUGUAUAUUGGAGGAAAACUAUAACGAAAGCAUCCAUCAACACCCGUCAUCUGAACAACUGAAUAUGUAUUUGUAUAUUGGAUGGACUAUGGAAUUUUAAGAUCUCAAGAACCCAUUGUUAUAAAGAAGCCAAAUUUAUAUAUAAUUUUUUAUUAUGCUUAUACACAGAAGAAAAAAAAAGAAGAGAUUAUAUAUUAUGUACGUUUUUGUUAAGCCUGUUUUUAAGUUUCUUCAGGCCUAAACAUCAGAAAUGCAAUCUCUACUGGUUUUUAUAUAUUAAUAGAAUGUUUCAGAGGAUGAGCAUUUGUAUUAGUUGUUUGACCAUGUUAUCUUGGUCGUUGUCAUGUUGGUUUGGGUUUUAUGUGUGUAUUUGUUUGCUUCUUUUUUUUGUGCUUUGUAGUUUUUUGUUUUUUUUCUGUUCUAUCGUGUAUCGAUUUUUGCAUCUUGUUCUGAAAUAGUUAUAUUAUAGAUUAUUUAUGAUUAUUCAGAAUUAUCAGGUAUGCUAGUAAUGUGGAAAACUUGGAACGUCAGACAGUUUUACAAGAUUUAAGCUAAAUGUAUGUAAACUUUGUCAAAAUGUUUUUUGAAAAAUACAAUUUAACCAUAGGUGAUUACCAUAAUAUGACAUAACAAGAUAUUAAUCUACACAAUUUUAAGCCUGGACAAGUUAAUAGGUACUGGUACAAAGAUAGAUAGGUUAGCAUAGUUUAAAAAAAAAAAGGUAGCGGCCAUAAAUAUAUUGAAUAACUUUCUAGUCUGCCCAUUAACAUUUUUACAGGUAUCUUGAAAUAUAUCUAGUGUCUGAUAUUCAUAUACCCAAGGAAAGUUAUAAAUGUAUUAUUAUAUACUGUGUGUAGUGUUAAAGAAGUUCAGCUACAAAAUUAAUUGGUAUACUGUUCUUUUGAUUGCAAACAUAUUUUAUUGUACAAAGAACAAAAGAAUUGGGCACAAGUUUGACAACUUACUAAGCCCUCUUCUACUGUUCUUUUGUAGCAUACAUAUUCAGGGUUCCUAUAAACUGCAAGGAGAAAUUUAUGGUGUUGAAUCAUUGGUAUUUUGAUAAAUUUGUGAAUGUUGGGGAAUUUUAUACCAAUAUUACUCAUCUUCACUAGUGUUUGGGGUAAAAUUUCCAAUUUCUAGUGGAAGAAUAUAUUUAUAAAGUACCAUAUUUUUUUUUUUUUUUAAUUAGUAGGCUAUUCUUUUUUUUUCAAAUAAGAAAAUCACAUGAGUUAAAUAGUUAUUGAAGGCAGUUUUGCAAACAAAUUAUUUAAAUUAGCAAAGAAUAUCAGGGAAAUCUCAGGGAAUUCUAUUGUGAUUCGAAUGUGGGAAACCCUGAAUUUAUUGAUUUUAAUUUUUUUUAAAGACAAACCAGUUCAUAUUGACAGAAUUGGAAUGUAUUUCAAAUUAAUGUUUCAGAGUAUGUCGCAUAUUUAACUAACUACAUGAUUUUAUAUGAAUUUGCACAAAUGUACAACAGCAGAUUGGUGGGGAUGGGGGGGGGGGGGGGGAACAAGGAAACACCAUUGUGAUCUAGUAUAAUGUUUAUGGGAAAACUGAUAUAACUGUGUAUAACAUUCCAAUGAUUUGUUUUGAAAACAAGAGUAAGCCACCAAGUGUUUAGCAAGGCAUUAGGAGGUGUCCAACUUUGUGAUAGGCCUACACACAAGUACAGUGUUAUUAUCUGUUUUAAAUUCCACCUUUGAAUAUAGAAGUCCAACUACAGAUGAUAAUUUUAUGUUUUGUCUUUUUCACAGUGUUGCCAAAUAGUUCCACACAAUAUUGAAUUCGAUUUUUGUUUAUAUUAUUAACCAAACAAAUGUGCUACAAAAAAUGUGUUUGUAUUUGUUAAAAAAACACACAAGAAACUCAUAGCAAAACGGAAGCAACAGGGAUGUUGUUUGAAACAACUUUGUCAGGGAAAUUUAAGUUAUGUGAUACAAACAUUAAUAAUCAUAGGAACGAACUUGCCAUUGUGAUUUGUUCUUUUUUACAGAAUAUAUAUUAUGUGUCUUCAUCGGAACGUGUCAAAAAUAUUGUCACCACCCAGAUAACUGACAUUGGUGCAUUGUAUGUUACAAAGGUAUAUGUUAUACGAAUCAUCAUGAACAACAUUACCGAGUACAUGGAGAUUGGUGUUUACAACCGAGGAAUUAUGUCACUGCAUCGUGAAUUUAUACGAGUUAAACUUCAUCAACAUGUUACGAACUAUAUCAUGCCUUUGAUCUCAGUUGAAAUGUGUUUACAAAACUUUACAUGGCUUGUCCAAUUCAAGCUAGUCCAAAGACAAACAAAAAAAUUGUUGAGAUGUGUUUUUAUAGUCUGUGUAUUCUUUCCAAGUAAGGAUAGGCAAAGCUUGGCUGAUGAGGAAUGGUGCUGAGGAUUAAGUCACAUCAGCAUGUCGUUUCCAACCAGAGCUAAUCAAAAGCUUGGCUAGAAAACAAAACAAAAAAACUCUUGUGAAGUGCAAAUACAUAGAAAACAAUGAAGUGUAUUAAUAUGCAUUCUUUCCGACCGUGGCUAGACGAAGCUUGGCUAAUAGUAAAACACUGAAGUGCAUUGCUUUUCUAACCAUGGCAAGACAAAACCUGGCUAAAAGAAAAGGUACUGAAGUACUAUUACAUGAUCAUAGCAUUACAACCAUAGCUAGUCAAAGCUUGGCUGACAGAAAGAAAAGAAAAACAAACAAAAACUGUAGUGCAGUUAAGUAUGCAUUCUUUCCACCCAUGGUUAGGCGAAGCGUAGCUGAAAGAAAGAAAAGAAAAACAAACAAAAACUGAAGUGCAGUUAAGUAUGCAUUCUUUCCACCCAUGGUUAUGCAAAGCGUAGCUGAAAGAAAGAAAAGAAAAACAAACAAAAACUGAAGUGCAGUUAAGUAUGCAUUCUUUCCACCCAUGGUUAGGCGAAGCGUAGCUGAAAGAAAGAAAAGAAAAACAAACAAAAACUGAAGUGCAGUUAAGUAUGCAUUCUUUCCACCCAUGGUUAGGCGAAGCGUAGCUGAAAGAAAGAAAAGAAAAACAAACUAAAACUGAAGUGCAGUUAAGUAUGUAUUCUCUCCAUCCAUGGUUAGGCAAAGCAUAGCUGAAACAAAGAAAAAAAAGAGAAAUGAAAUUGAAGUAUAGUUAUGUUACCAUAGUUUUUAGUCAAAGAUGUAGUCCAUACUUAACUUUAUGGACAGGGAAA